AUGAGCGGCACACCUGACUUGCUCUCGGACGGUCUCAUUGGCUUGAGCCCGACCGUCGCCAUGGCCAGCCGGGCGCAACGGGGCGGUAAGACGUUUACUGAGGUCUACUCGGACUAUGUGCGUCUGCAGGAGGAUUAUGCGCGGAAGUCUGAGGAGUUUGACAACCUGGAGAAGACGAUGGCGCAUGUCCUCGCGCAGCUCGAAGAGCGGGCCCCCAUUCUGUCACAGCAGCGUGAAGAGUAUGAGCGUCUCCACGCUGAGACGUCUCAACUCGCGUCUCAGCUUUCGCAGGCUCUUUCAGACCGUGACGCUUAUGCAGCGGCGUCUGAAGAGAACGCGCAGAAGUUCAACGGGACGAGGCGCGAGAACGAACUCCUGCAAAAGCAGCUCGAUGAUCUCGGACGCCAGCUUCGUGGCGUGCUCAGGGAACUUGGACGGGUACAAGAUCCAUCGAUCCCCCCAGACGAUGUGUUGGACGCGGAUGAGAACUCACAACCACCAGAGACCAUCGAGGGCGUGAUCAAGAGCAAUCUCGUGUUGUUCCGCUCUAUCCCUCAGCUUCAGGAGCAAAACCAGACACUACGCAAGGUUGUCUAUGAGCUUGGUGCGAAGCUGGAAGCCGAAGAGAAGGACUAUCGCGAGGUGCUCGAGAAGGAGCAGAGUGAGGCCGUGGUCGAGGCACACAGAGCUCUCGUCGAUGUGCGCCAGCAGUUCGACACUUACAGGCAGAGCGCGGAGGUCAAAUUCCAGUCGAUCUCGAAAGAGCGCGACACGCUGCGUGCCAUGCUGGACCGUGCCUCGACCAAUGCACCUCCAAUGAUCAAUGGCGACCUCAACGGACGUACUACAGAAUCGCCACCGCACUCUGAGCUAGAGAGGGAGCUGGAUUAUGUACAGAAUCAGUUCAAGGCGUAUCAGACAGAGAUGGAUGUGGAUACUGUUCAUCUUCGUGAUGAGCUUCUUGCAGCGCAAAGGAGGGCCGGUCAGCUGGAUGCAGCGCUAGCAAAGGCCAACGCGAAGAUCGAAUUCCUCAACGGUGAGAUUGACGAUCUCUUCAUUAACAUCUCUAAUAAAGCGCCUCCAAGAUCGUCACCGUAUGGUCCAAGACCAGAGCGUUAG